AGUUCACUCGAAUCAACUCCGGGGAAUCGCACCAUUCCCAAAUAAAAUCCAACUCUCAAAUUCAAAUUCAAACGAGACCUGCUCAUAAAGCAUCAAUGAAAUUACUACUAGUACGCCAUUGAGAUAUGCCUAAAGUGUGUGACAGAAAUAAACUGAGUUCGCGGGUGAAAAGUUCAGUUGUACGAACGAUGGCGUCGUGAAUUCUACGCGGCGGCAAUGGCUCACUACCGUUGGACCUUAACUCUAAUUUUAAUCUCGUUACCAAUCCUAGCAACAGUGAUAAGCGCAUUCCGCGUACGCGAUUUUCCUAAAGCAACGCACGAAACCUCUAAAACAGAUUUUAAGAAAAAGAGAUGUGAUAACUGUGACGAUAGUGAACUCAAGGUUAGUCAAAUACUACACACUGCUAAAAUUGAAAGUGGCAGGCGAUAUGAUGAUUUGAAGAAAGCGACACAAGAAAAAUUACAAAAGAUUAAUAAGAAAACUUCGGAAGCACAGUCUAAUUUAAGGUUUAAGCGUAAAGGUGAUGAGAACGAUGACGACAAUAAUGAUAGUAUAGAUUUUGUUAUUAGUGAUUCGGUGUUAAAUAAUAAUAUUCAUUCAAAAGCAAACAAAGAUAUUCAGCCAACUGCUAAAUUAAAGUCAAUGAAAUCUGUGAAUAAAGAAAAAGCCUACAACGAUGAUAGCGAUGAUGAUGAAGACGAAGACAAUGAUGAUGACGACGAUGAUGAAGACGAUAUUACUAUAAAUACAGGAAGUAAAGCUCCUCUCCUUUUGAAAAAUGUUGAAAAGAAAAAAAUUGAAACAAAGAUACUAGCCAGUGAAAUAGAUGAAGAUAGCGAUGAAGAUGAUGAUGAUAGCACAGACAGCGAUGAGAUAUACGAUGCAAAAAAAAAGCCUGUUGUUUUGCCAAAAGAUAUAAAGCCUCCUAGUAUUAAGUCAACAGCAAAAUUAGUCGUUACUAGUGCUAAAAAUGGUGAUGAUGAUAUUGAUAACAAUAAAGAUGAUAUUACUAAUUUUCUUUCGAAAAAAGUCAGCUCAAAACCGAAAGAGAUAAAUGAUCACCAAGGAAAUAUGAAACAAAGAGUGGUUGAAAAUGAUGAUGAUGAUGACGAUAAUGGUAAAGAUGACAGUGAUGAUGAUGACAACGAUGAUGAUGAUCAAAAACGAAAACCCAAACAAAAAUCUCAAACCAAAAUUGAAUCUUACAUAAAAAUUGUCAAAAGUUCUCCGACUAUAGAUGAUAAAUUAAUGUUCAAGAGCUGGAAUAAAGACGAAAAUACAGAAAAACAAAAAGAACGCAAGCUGGAAUUAAAAGAUCAGGAAUAUGAGAAUGAAAAACAAUCAAAUAAAAAUUUUGAGCAGAAAACAAAAGAUAAUAAACAGCAUCAAGAAGAAAAGAAAAUAAGUAAACCAACCAAAGUCGUAAAUCCAACAGUAACUACAAAAAAAGUUGAUGAAAAAGAAAUUAAGGAUGAAAACAUAACCGAAGAUAAAAGAAAAGAGCCUGUUAAAAAAGAAGAAGCCAAAAGAAAACCUAUACAACGUAGAGAGAUAAAAAGCAAAGAUGAAGAUAAAAAAAUAGACAAGAAAUCAGCAACGGAAACAAAGAAAACAGAAGAAAAACUGACUAAACACAAGACUGAUAUUAUACCCGAUACAGAACACAAAAAGGAAAAAGAGCACAGUAAAAAGGAUAAAUCGUCUAAAGAAACGCUUUUUGACAGUCGAGAAAUGUUCCCUAAAAGUGAAAGUAAUUUGAAACACGUGACGGAUGCUUUGCAGCGACGAAACUUACUCCAGAGUGAAUUUGAGGACUUUUAUGCAUUCUUCCCAACUUUUGCGCCAAAUUUCUCGCGUAUUCAUAAUCCGGAAUGUAGGCGUCACGGACAAAUCGUCUUGAGGCAAUUACGUGGAACAAAAUUAUGGGCUUUCAACAUGCUUGACGCAACAGCGAAGAUUCCCUCAGGGUUGCUUCAGGGCAACGGUCUUCAGUUGGGGGAUUACGACCAGUGCUUGAGCAGCCGAGCCCGAGUACAGUUGGAAUCAGGGAACGUGGUGAAAGUCCAGGGGCAGUACUGUUUGGCCAGUUUGGACGUGAAAGCGGAACAUCCAGACCUGGAGUUGCCAGUCCAUCUGGCGCAGGCCAAGAACCUGAUCAAGAGUAGGAUCGAUGAUCCAGGUCACUUCGUGCCGCGAUUUUCGACGUUAAGAUGGGGUGUAUGCGUACCAACAGCGUGCGCUCCUGAGGAUGUGGAGGUGGUGCUUAAGGACGCCCUCAAGCACUACCAGCACACCAGCGGCUUGGUGGUCAGGAUCAAGGUCGAUCCAACGGACUGUCACACGCUUGACGCUGAUUGGUGGGAGCGCUGGUUGGAACUGCCGACGAUAUUAACACUAUCUCUCUAUGCUUUCGUCGUUUUGCUGGUAUUUGUUGCGACUGUUCAAGACUUCAUUUCAAGGAAAAAAUCAACGAAGACCAAGGAAGAUGAAACAGACGACCAAGAGAUACGCCCUCAAAAAGAGACGGAAGAUGAACAGGAAGUAGAUGAAGUUUCAGAAAAGAAAGAUGGUGUAUUGAAUGCUUUCUCGUUAUACCAUUCUAUUGGAAAGCUGGUAGCCCCGUCCACCGAUGACGAGGUCGCCUCAAUUCACGGCAUCCGCGGACUCGCCACAUUAGCUCUGCUGGUUGCACACAAGUUCAUAUCAGUAGGAGUUACGCCGUUCUCCAACAGGCUGAAGAUCACGGAGACAGUAAGUUCGCCGCUAUGGUCAUGGUGUCGUGCCGGAUGGGUGUUCACUGAUUGUUUCCUGUUGCUUAGUGGAGCGCUGACUGCUCAUAGAUCUGGAGGAAAUACAUCUGCACCCUGGAGACUCUUCCAAAGAUACAUUAGGUUAACUCCCGCACUUCUAGCCCUGGUACUAUUUUACGCAUACGUUUGGGACGAUGUAUCACAGGGUCCUAUGUGGGGCACUUUGGUCACUAAGAACGCGGGGGUGUGCCAGGCUGGCUGGUGGUGGAACCUACUCUACGUUCAGAACUACUUCGGCUUCGAAGAUAUGUGUGCACCGCAAACACAUCAACUAGCUUUGGACAUGCAGCUGACAAUCAUAGGGAUCGCUAUUGUAUGGGCCAUACAGUCCAAAAUACCAUUCGCCAAAUAUGUCAUACCAAGCAUUUUGGUUUACGCCACUUAUUCAAGAUACAGUAAUGUACAGGAACACAGGCUAACCAUGGUUGCUUAUCACGGAGUCAGCGUCAGCCAGUUGUAUCGCACAGCACGGCUCAGCUACACGUCUACGCUGCAUCGGUCUACGCCAUACCUGAUAGGGCUGAGUUUGGGGCUAUUGUUGAGAAAACCGCACCAACAUGGCAAGAUCACUCUCACAUUUGGCUGGUUGAUUUGCCUGACGUUAUGGAGUCUCGUAUGGUGGGCAGGAUUCGAUACUGGUUCAACACAGUACCGGUACAGCGCAUCUUUCGCCGCUCAGUACGCCUCGCUCGCUCCCAUCGCUUCUGCUGCAGCGAUAGCGUGGGUGAUUUAUACUGUGCAUGGUGGACAAUGUGAAUGGCUUGCACGAUUCCUGAGUUGCCGUUUUCUGGCCCUCCUGAGCCGCCUCUCCUACGCUCUUUAUUUAACACAGUUUAUUGUAUUUCUUACCAAAGCUGCCAUUGUCAGGACAUCCACAGAAUUUACAUUAAUAUCUAUGAUUGAUGCUCAAGAAAUAUCAGCUAUACUAAUACUAUCUAUUAUUUUAACAUUAACAUUCGUCAUUCCGAUGCAGUCAGUACAUAAACUAUUCUCUUUUUCAUCAACAUCUGUGAAAGAAUUGGAUAAAGAAAAAAAGGUCGUUGAAGAAACAGAAGUACAAGAACAUAAAGAAGAAUUAAUAGAGAAUUCUGAAGAUAAUAUAGGAGAAGUUACUAACAUACCCCUGAUCCGAAAUCGACAACAUUUCGUAGCUCACAGAGAGGUCUUAGAAGAAAUACCUGAAUUAGAAAUAGAGUAUGAAAUGCAAAGAGAAAGGAACGAAGGCCUAGAAGAAAUCUUGGAAGAGGAAGAAGACGAAGAGCCAGAAGAAAGAGAAGAUGAUGAUGAUUUGGAAAUAAUCGAAGAGGAACAGGGAGGGGAAGACGAUUUGUGGGAAGAGAGAGAUACGUCUCUAGUUAGAAGACCUUAUAGCCGCAAUGAUAACGACCAAGAUUUAGACGAAUGGGAAUGGACUACUAACGGCAAUAAUCGUAAUGGAGCUCAAUAUUAUAGGUAUUCCAGAUAGCACUCGUAAUAUCCAAAUUCAAACGACGAAAUAAAAUCCCUUUUUUAUUACUCC